CUGUUUGCUCUUUGGUUUAUGACUCGAAAAAGCAAGUGUCAGAAAGGCAUGCUGGUUCCAAACAUGCUGCUCUUCCAGCAGGUCUGUCUUUACCUCGGGACGCAGUGACAUGAGAGCAGGACCUCGGUUCUGAUUAAGAAGGGGGAUGAACAACACUCCGCCUGGAAUACGGUUGCUCAGGCCUCCAACGGUGAUAGGUCAGUUUCACACACUGUUUUUUGGCUCUGUGCGUACGUUUUUCCUUGGGGUCCUUGGAUUCGCCGUCUAUGGCAAUGAGGCCCUCCACUUCAGCUGUGAUCCAGACAAAAGGGAAUUAAACCUUUACUGUUACAACCAGUUCCGGCCUAUGACACCUCAGGUAUUCUGGGCAUUGCAGCUAGUCACUGUCUUGGUCCCUGGAGCUGUGUUCCAUCUUUAUGCUGCCUGUAAGAAUAUAGACCAGGAGGAAAUCCUUCAACGGCCAAUGUCCACAGUCUUCUAUAUUAUCUCUGUUCUAUUACGAAUCAUUUUGGAAGUCUUGGCAUUUUGGCUUCAGAGUCAUCUCUUUGGUUUCGUGGUUUAUCCGAUUUACAUGUGUGAUGCCAUUGCCCUUGGGAAGAUAUUCAGCAUCACAAAGUGUAUGGUCCCUGAACACUUUGAGAAGACCAUCUUCCUCAGUGCGAUGUACACCUUCACCAUCAUCACCAUACUCCUCUGUAUCGCUGAGAUUUUUGAGAUCUUGUUUCGAAGACAGAGCUAUUUAAACCAGCCAACUACUUAAGAAUUUAGAACUUUUUUGAGUGAUGCUUCCACAUUGUUGGUUUUGUAUGUCUUGAAUGGGUCUCCGUAUGACAGAAAGGACAUAAACCCAUAUACCUCUGCAUUUUUUUGUUUGAAGACACAGAAAGACAUACUUUUAAAAUCCAGUUAAUUUAUUGUUCCUUUUUUUUUUUUUUUUUUUUGUGAAAGAAUUGCAUAACAAAUCUGAUUAAUGCUAAGGGAAUGAGUAAUUCUAAAGGCUAUAUUUGGAAUUUUGUAAGCCUAGAAGGUUCACCUCUCUUGCAGUGGACACUUUAAUGCAUUUUUUGCUUUUCCGUUUAUUAACUUCAUAUAAUAAUUAUUCUUUAUACAAUUAUAGCUUCAUAUUUAAUGUGUUGAUAUUGAAGUAUUUCACAAAUUGCAAGUUCUAUUGUUUUAUUUAAAUUUCUUUGGCAUAAUUAUUGAUUUUUCAAAUGAAAUAAGAGAGGAAGGGUUAAGAACAGGCAAAAGAACAUUUAUUUUUGGGAACAUAAUUGAUUGGUCCAUGGAAACAGCAAUUUUUACUGCACAACGUGGUCACAUUCAUGGACAUUGAUAGUAUAUCCAUUAUGCUGUUGAUUUCCAUAUAGUUUUUGAGUCCAUUUGUAUUUGUAUCUGUAUGUAUUUAUCAGGCAUCCAUCCAACUUUUGUAAUUAUGUUCAGCUAUGUUUCAUCUCAGGUACAAAAUGGCACACUGUGAACUAUUAUUUGGAGGCAGAAGGCCACUAUCUACCUGUGAGAAAACUACAUUAAAAACAUCUGAGAUUUGACUACCGGUCUGGCCUGCACCUCUUCCCACAGUUGCCCUUCCACUGUUUCACAGCUGUUUGAGUAAUCACUUUUGUACUGUGUUUAGAGAAUUGAUCAUUUAUAUUGGUUUUUAAUCACUGGUGUCUGUGGGAUUAAAUAUAUCAUUAUGCAUGAACAUUUUCAGAUAGGUAAAAUAGUUGGUGCAUUCAGUAUAUUAUGACUGGCAUAAUGUAUCGGUCUAGGAAAAUAUUAUUUGUAAAGUAAUUCAUAGU